ACCCAGUUCUCCACAGGUAUUCAUCUCCAUCCUAACAUCAUUCACAAACCCAUCCAUACAAAUAAACCUCUCAAAUCCCUCACUCUUCGCUGUCCCACGAAUUUCCUCAGUUGAUCUGCCAUACUUACCUCCUUUUCCUUUCUUUCCACCUACCUACCUGCUUGACGUACCUGCUUGACGGAACGGACUCUCUCACGUCCUACAUUUCUCGUUCCCCAAAAAAUUCCCACUUAAAUCUCCCCCGCCAUCAGCUCUUCACCGCACUUUUUUGGCGGUAAAGAAGUAGCUUGCUUGCUUGAUUGCUCGCUCAGGGAAUCUACUUCUUAUUCUUUUCACAAGCCAAAAAUUCCAUUCACUUCUUUUCCAAAUCUUCUUUACGAUACCACAUUCCGAAAAAUAAGAAGCCGGUCUUCUCCUUUUCUCUCAAAAAAUAUACCCAUAUCAUACGUUCAAAAAUGGCUCCUCCUAUCACAGAAACCGUUACCAUUAUCAAUAAAUCGGGGAAAGUAGUCAGCACUGGAAAACAACUCGUAAACAUCUUCAAAGAUGCCAAAGCCGCAUAUCAAGAAAAGAAAGCACAAUUGAGAGAAGAACAUUAUCUUCGGGAAGAAGCACGAUCAUAUCGAGCACAGAGACGCCUCAACGAAGCUCGAUAUGAAAUUGAAGAGGCACGAGGAGGAGGGGGAGAUGAUGCACAAUCGAUAGCUUCGAGAAGAUCUCAUAGAUCUCAUCGUUCACAUCGUUCUCAUUCUUCUCGUCAGGAACCAAGAGAUUCGUCUCGUCCUCCUCUUACCAUCAAUAACUAUGAGGAAUUCCCAGAUACGCAAAGUUUGGCCAGUGGCCGCUCCCAUCGUUCUCAUCGUUCCCACACGAGAACCCGCCAGGAAUUUAAUUUCGAUGAUUUGGACGAGGAAGAAGAUAUGCAAAGUCUCGCAAGCAAACGUUCACAUCGAUCUCAUCGAUCGAAACGAAGUCGUUCGGUUCAUGGUUCCAAAGCUCCCACUCAAUAUGAGCCUGCGGAAACCCAUUACGAAGAUCCCGAAGAGGGAUUUUAUGAUGACCCUCCUCUAGCCAUGUAUCGCCAACCAUUCGCCGAGACGGAAUUGAGUCUCGCGCGGAGACAUACAGAGAUGGAAGCUGCUCCUCCCAUGCCAGGGCAUCUCGUAAGGAGAGAAACAGCUCCUGCUACGUAUACCAGCGGACAAUUAGUCCCACGUGCAACUUCCGUACCUGAUCUUCAUGAUGACUCAAUCGAUAUGGAUUUGGCAUAUGGAGAUGCCCAUCACUUUGAAUCUGACCCCGAGCCAGAAUAUGAAGAGCCAAUCGCCCCGCAACAACUCCCAGCAGAACUCGACGAAACAAUGAGUAAACUCGAUACUCUUCUCAUCGAAGCCCAAUGUCUUCACCACACCGCCACAGCUAUCAUGUCGAAUCUCCAAGCCAACCCCGAAGCCAUGGCCGCCGUAGCUCUCACCCUCGCCGAGCUUUCCUCCCUCCUCACCAAAAUGUCUCCCUCCAUCCUCCCCAUGCUCAAAGCCAGUUCCCCCGCCAUCUUCGCCCUCCUCGCAUCUCCUCAAUUUCUUAUCGCCGGAGGUGUCGCUCUAGGCGUCACAGUCGUCAUGUUCAACGGCUUCAAAAUCAUCAAGAAACUACAAGCCACUCCCGAAAAACCACUGGAAGCUCCCAUGGCCAUGCAAGCCCUCCCCGCUACCCCCAACUAUCCUGACACACCCGGAUUCAUGGAACCCAAAGACAUGCACCAUGAGUACGAAGAAGCGAUGCCCUACGAGGCCUACGAGGAAGAACUAAGCAGCAUCGAUAUCUGGCGUCGCGGUAUCGCCGAUGCAGAAAUAGAAAGUGUAGGCACAAGUGUAGAUGGUGAAUACAUUACCCCCACCGCAGCACGACAAAAGGAAAGUCGCCACGCAGAGCGAAUCCGUCAACGUGCCGCCGAGGAAAGAAUCGACGAGAGUGAAGAAGAAGAAGAAAAGAGAAGCAUCAUGAGUCGCUUGACGAGUAAAUCUCGUCGUUCCAAAACUCUUCCCAUUAGAGGUAGUCCUUCCGAGUACGAACCUUCCGUCAAGUCUAAAGAUGACGAUAUCGAAUCCAUCCGUACUUCUCGCACCAAGACUUCAAAAUCUACAAAGUCUUCUAAGAGUCAUCGAUCGAGUCGCUCGAAGAAAGAUGAGGAUAAUGCAUCGCUUGCUUCUGAGCGAACGGAACGUAUAGAGAAAGAAGAAAAGGAACCCAAGGAAAAGGAAAAGAAAAAGAAGACGCCUUUGAGUAUUUUCAGAAGCAAGACGGAGAAGAGUACGAGUUUCAAGGGAAAGGAAAAGGAGAGCAAGAAAAUGGGUCAUCAUCCGCUUUUACUUGAGCUUUGAGAUUUGAGCUGAGCUUAAGUUUGACUUCUUUUACGACUUGAUCCAGGUUUUGGUGUUCUGGGGGUAUUUCGUUCGAUGCGUAGCUCAUCUCAUCUACUCACUCCAAAUCAAACGCACCCCACAAUCCUCCCAAAUUGGACCUCACUUCUUUCUUUCCUCUUCUUUUCUUUCUCUUCUUUUAGCGGAUUUUCAACCAAUUAGUUGGUCGGUUAUUUAUUCUGGUUCGGUAGCUUUUGACGAGUAUUUCAACUCACCUCAACUCAACUCAUCAUUCCCUCACUUCUCUUCUUGUUCUCACUCC